AUGACAGUCUUAUCACAACAACUUUAUAACAAGAUACUACACUUGUUGUGGCGCUCAAAGGCAGGCCCACCGUUUAAUGGCAGGCCCAACUCUCAAAGCAAGGCCCAACGCUGGUUGCUCUCACUCAAUCUUGUAUCCUCUACAUUCCACGAAUGCAUUCUCUCGCUCAAUGACUCGUUCGUGAUCCACACGCAUCACAUCGUAGAUGACAUGGCGCCCCAUCUAGUCUCCGCCUAUGCCCCCUUUCCAAUGCCACUACGACGACUAGUCCUCAACUACAGCCCGGAUCGCUCAAGCGAGAAAAAUAACAUCCCAGCACUGCUCGCUCUGGUCGAUGGCCUGGCCGAGUGUACUUGUUAUAUCGACCAUGCGCCAAUUGUCUGCAAGAUGCUCCCAUCCACUCUCAGGUAUCUCAAUGUAACAGUCGAUCGCGAGAGAGAAGCAGAAGAAUACCCAAACGAAGACUACCUCAAGGUUCUUCAAACGAUCGCAAGUCACCACCAUGCCCUCGAACAUCUUGUUAUCAAUCUAGAGGUUGACUACCACAGCGAUAGGUACAGGUCCGAGAACGACGAUUGGACUGGCAGCAACAACAUCGUUGGAGACAACUUCUUUGAGUUCUGCAACCACCUGUUUGGUGCGGCCAGCUUUGCCUCACUUACAACGUUCAAACUGAAGAGCUGCGGAGACGACCUUCAGCUAUCUCAAAACAUGAUGAACUAUCCUGGCUACUUCUUCUCGCGUCUCCAUCAUGCGGCGCCAAACUUAGAGUCGCUGACAUUAUCUUUGGCUACCGAGAGCCAAUCCAACUUGAAGGCUCUGCUCAACGGACUUGUUUGGUUCAUGCAGCAGACUCCUACACUUGUCAAGAUCAUGCUUCUUCGACUAGACUCUAGCUUGAACCAACCGAAUCUCAUUACAUACCUUCUGCAAACCUCCAAUGUCAAACAGUUCAACAUUCCAAUUCUCAUUGGAUCGCUCAUUGAGAUCAAACGACACUUCCGAUAUUUAUCACUGACACUAGAUAGUGCCAAACCUGACUUGGACGAUGUCCGGACCAUCAACGCAUUACAAUCACUUCGAUUGGUAGACCACAUCAAGUUGAUUGGACUUGGCCUGGACAACCUGGACCUGACACGCACAGUAUUGUCCUAUAUUGGACCUCCAACAAGAGCUCUCACCUUGUCGGGCUACCUUCUCAUUCAAGAUAUCGUCAGCUUGCUGCGAGAAUGCAGACUGAACGAGAUACACCUUGAUCUUGGUAUUCAAGAAGUAGAGUACAUCCAACCACUUCAGCAACAGUUCCCAGAGAAGAUAUUAUGCGUAAGGAGAAGAUGGUCUAAGAGACCGGACCGAGAAUGGAUGUCGCUUGCAAAAUGA